CCAAAAUCGUAACGAUAAAAAUCGGAAUAUGUUCACAUUUUUUAUAGUGACAAGAAAAUAAUUUGUAUUUAUUUUUAAGUGGCAGCACCAAACGUCUUAAUUGGACUACAAUGGCGGCGAUGUCCCCGUCGCAGCGGAGAUUACAGAAAGAGCUUAUGUCGUUAAUGAAGGAGCCUCCUCCAGGAGUAACUGUAGACGGAGACCAGGCCAGCCAAAAUCUGACACUGUGGACAGUUCACAUGGAAGGUGUUCCCGGCACACUUUAUGAAGGAGAGAAAUUUGUAUUGCAAUUUAAAUUCACAAACAAGUACCCAUUCGAUUCCCCAGAGGUAACAUUCGUAGGCAACAACAUCCCUGUUCACCCACACGUAUAUUCCAAUGGCCACAUCUGCCUGUCGAUACUGACGGAUGAUUGGUCGCCGGCGCUGUCCGUGCAGUCGGUCUGUCUGUCCAUCGUCUCCAUGCUGAGUAGCUGUAAGGAAAAGAAGCGGCCGCCGGACAACUCGUUUUACGUUAAAACCUGCAAUAAAAACCCUAAGAAAACAAAAUGGUGGUAUCACGACGACUCCGUGUAACAAUACGUCGCGGCGCUGUAUCGAGCAUGGACGAUAAAAUCUCAGUAUGUGAUAAGUGUUAUAUAUCGACAUGGUGUAUGUGUACAUAAUGUGUGGUCCGCGAGCCGAGUGCGGGCGACCGGCGACACGAAAUUGAGUGAGUGAUCAGUGGUCAGUGGCGACAUCGCGUGUAUAAACUUGGCACUACGCUGACGGUCAAAAGAAUCAACUCAAAUUAUAUCCUAACGCUCUAUGGGUAAUUUUGAAGUGUCAUGUUUAGAUAGUCAUCGGCCUUUCUUAAGCAAAAUGUGGAAUCAAUGGUUCCGUAAUAAUUUCACCAUUAUUAGACUUACUUUCGCUGACAUACACGCUAAACAAAACACCAUCAUGAUCUCUGAUUGGCUGAGGAGCUGUCAAUACGUGAAACAUCAGUCAUUGACAAGUUGUGUCUGUUGUCUUAUAUCAUAAAAAUGUUCUAUCACGAUGGAUUCCUUAACGGCAAUUUAGGUUAUUUAUAAUAUUGGAUAAAAUUGGCCGUUGGUAUAGUGUCCAAAUAAGUGACUGUCAACGCCCUCUUAGAGGAAAUGCGCGUAAUUAGGAUUUGAUUUUAAACGGCUGAAUUUACAAAUUCGACUUGAUAAUGUUAUAAUUGAGUACAUACGCAAUAUAAUUUACGAGCUAGUAAACUUCAUCAAUUUAAUAUUUACAAAAUUGCUAUAAUGUUCACUUUGAGAUAACUUCAGUGUAGAAUUUUGUAUGUUAAGGUCGGUCCGUCUAUUGUUCCUACUUUAAAAAGCAUAAUAAUUAUGUGUAUUAAAAAUUAUGUUGAGGAAACUGCUUGACUUGCUUGACAUAAGUCAAAAAUGGACUAAUUUAAUCAUUUAUUUUCAAAUUAUGUUAUUCUGAUGGUGCACAAAAAUUUAUUGAGAUAUAUGUUUUUUUUAAUUGGCCAGUAUCCAAAACAUACAUAAAAAAUAUAUUUGCUGUUCCUUUUUCUAUUUUCUUAAAGUUAUUUAGAACCAUGUUCUCGUCAAGUAAGUAUGAGUGCAUUCCAAGCGCCCUUCGGUUUAUAGUGUUGGCGGUCCGUUCAGACUGUGACUAGAAAACGAAUGUCUUUGUCUUUAGGCAACCAAAAUAUGUCCAUAUUUCACAUAUUCUUGUUUUGAUUGGCAGAAGAGCUGUCAAAACAUCAAAUUGACAUGUGAUUUCUAAAUACAGUCUAGCAGUGUUAGUACAGUACUACGAUUUCAGUCAUCUCUCUAGUUGUAUAUAAUUUUUUAAUUAAUUUGAAUAGUUUAUGGAAAUAAUUGCAAUACUUUUAAUGGCUUGUUCUAUGACCUGUAUCAGAUAUUUAAUCAAACUGUUUGUUAAAGAAGUAGUUAAGUCAAAUCUCUAGUUUUUAUCCCGGCCCUUGACUCAGUAUUGGUAUAUUUCCCAUUAUCAUAGAGCAUUUGGGGAGGAUCGUACAAUUUGCAUUCAUAUUUUUUAUAAUUUGCCAAGCGGAUGUGGGUCUAGACAUUCUGUGAUUUAAUACUGAUGCUUUGUAGAGUAUUGUGAGAGGUUUUUUAAUAUGUGAAUCUUAUUCUUAAAUUAUUAUUAAUAUAUAGCUUUGUUGUAGUCAUUUCAUUAUUUAAAAAAUAUAGUCUUAUUGACACAUGCUCACGUUAAAUAUCUGAAUUUCCCUCCACUCUACUUAUCAUUGCCUUACCUAUAUCUUUUUUUUUUUUCAAUAUUAUUCUGUUUUGAUAUAUGAGAUGAAAUAUGGUUAAGUAAGGGUAUUUAUUGUCUUGUCGUACAUGUAUUGGAUCAUAGGAAAGUAGUGAGAAAACAACACAAAGGGCCCUAAGCUUAUUGAUAUUGAUUAUACAUCUGCUAGAGUUAAUAUGUGGGGAACUCGCGAAAUUGCUUUUUUUUUAAAGCCCAUUCAAAAGCAAUGUGUAGUCAGUUUUUUGAAAAAUCAACUUUUGUUUUUUUUAAUUGUCAAAUAAAUGUUUUUUUUUUCUUUGUUACUAUUUUAUUUUAUAUUUUCGAAAAACUGAUUGCGAUCGGUUUAUGGUACAUACAACAUAAGUGAUAUCAAUUAAUAUAAUAAUGAAUAUCUAAUAAUUAAUGUAAUGACGAACAAAAUUCCCUUAAUUUUGUGUUCAAAAUAACUGUAUAAAAGUAUAUUUAUGAAUUUGAUUUAUUUCUAUAUGGCUGAACCUAUUUGAUGUAUCCUAAACAUUAAAAGCCAAAAUAUUGAUUAAUUGGAAAGGGUGCUGUCACUUAAAAUCAUUAUUUUCAGUGAUGUAAUUUCAAGAUAUAAGCUAUAUUCAAAUUUGGGUGAUAAUUAUCCAAUGUUUUUUUAUUGGCUAACUUGUUACUCCAGAAUUAUUGAGGACAUUGCUCACUGCACAUUAAUAUGACCUUUAUAAACAUCCUGAGGUACUGUCUGCGCCAUAAGAGCUAAAGACGUGAAAUUAUGUAGUUGGGACAAUUUAUCAACUAACUUAUCAACCCGUGGUUUUUCUCUAAAGAUAAUAGCAAAGUGAAUAUAGCUUAUAUCCAAAACAUCCACACUCAACAUUCCUCGUAUUGUAGAAAAAUUGGUGGUGCGCACCGAUGCGAUUGUUUUAUUAUUUAUAAAAAUGUAUUCUGUGUAUUAUGAACAGGAAACCGCUUAAUUUAUUGAAAUAAAAAUAUAGUAAUAAACA